CUAUAUUUCGAUCAUAUGAAACAGCCUGCUUCACUCUUUCCCUCCCCCCGGCUUCUAUCAAUGGAGAUUAUCUAUCAAUAUUAACCUAUCGUGAAUUAACCUACAUUAACUUGCCUUUUUCACCAUUUACAUUUAUUGAAUAAGGAGACUGUGCUGUAUAAAUUGAGACACCUUCCUAUACGUUGCACUUCUCUUCCCCCCUUCUCUUCUAAUCCUCCUUUCUGUGUCUUCUAACAUUAUUUUAUAUCAUCAUUCUGAAUCACUUGGGUCCACGUAUCAUCAUGGAGGGUAUCCUGGACCGUGCUGAGGCGAAGAUCAAAAAGGUCUUGGGGAAGAUAGCAGACACUGCCCUCCACAAGGAAGUUGAUAAUGUCUUUGAUAUUGCGAGGACUGAGAGCAAGAAAGCCAUCCAGUCCCAGAAGGAGAAAGAGUCCAAGAAGGGGAAAGUUCCCCAUAUUGCCGUCACAUCUCUCAAUCCCCUGAGCGUGUCCAACGUCUUCGGGAUCAAGGAAGGCGGAGGAGAAAACCCUUGGAAGCUCACCCAGGAUGACUUGCGCGAAGUCCCCGAAAACCUCAAAUCUAUUCUCGCGGAUUACGCGGUUGCUACGGGCGGCUCCCCCGAGAACGAAGCACUCAUGAGAUGCAGAAUCGACGCAAUACUUUUGACCUCCCUAGCUGCCCAGAAGAGAGCGAUUGCCCGAGAUUCUAGCUCCUCUAUCCUCUCAGUUCACCUCCAGGUUGAGACUGACAUGUUGCUGCCAUGGACAUACCAGGGUGAGCAAAAGAUCGUUUCGGGAACAACAGACUAUUCCCUUUGGUAUAAAGCACCACAGGAAAUGGAGUGCAAUCUUCUGGUGGUUGAAGCAAAGAAGAAGGGAACCUCUGGCGACUACCAAGCCUUGGCCUAUAUGGCGAUGCUUCAUCAUGCGCGAAAGGAAGUACAGCGGGAGGAUGUUUCUGUCUAUGGAAUCGCCACUGACAGUUUCACGUGGACUUUCUUGUAUCUCGACAACAACGGAAAGUGGAGCAGACGUACUUACCAGUGGGUCUCUGGCCAGGAGAAAUUAAUCAUAUCUAUGAUACAUAAAAUUACCCGCCAAGCCGCGUCUCUGUCCAAGCAAGAGCUCGAAACGUCUGCUACCAGCACUGCGGUGAAGAAAACUCUUAGUGGACACAGCAAAUUGGAGAGCUUUUUCCACAGGGGAAAGGCUUAG